GACAGAAGUUACAUCAUUCAUUUGCUGUCCAAUGCAGGCGCUGUAAGUCUGAGGGCAGCAGUAAGGCAGCAUGGCGGCUCUGUUAAGGGGCUCUCGCAGUCUUUUAGGAAAGUGGCAUAACCAUGUCGCUUCGGUGCAGGUCUCCAGAUCCAUGGCCUCCAAGACCCAGGUGGGCUUCAUUGGUUUGGGGAAUAUGGGAAACCCAAUGGCCAAGAACCUGAUCAAACACGGCUAUCCUGUGAUUGCUACAGAUGUUUUCCCCGAGUCAUGCAAAGAGCUACAGGAACUGGGUGCUCAAAUCUUGGACACCCCUGCAGAUGUGGCAGACAAGGCAGACCGCAUCAUCACAAUGCUGCCAUCAAGUCCUAAUGUUAUUGAUGUGUACACGGGUCCCAACGGCAUUCUGAAGAAGGUGAAGAAAGGCUCUUUGCUCAUUGACUCCAGUACCAUUGAUCCUGCUGUAUCCAAGGAAAUGGCUGUUGCUUCCGAGAAAAUGGGUGCUGUUUUUAUGGAUGCUCCGGUAUCUGGAGGUGUCGGAGCCGCCACUUCUGGUAAGCUGACCUUCAUGGUGGGAGGAGCGGAGGAAGAAUUCACAGCAGCCAAGGAGUUACUAAGCUGCAUGGGAGCCAAUGUAGUGUACUGUGGUCAGGUUGGCACAGGACAGGCUGCUAAGAUCUGUAACAACAUGCUGUUGGCAAUAGGAAUGAUUGGCACUGCUGAGACCAUGAACUUAGGCAUCAGGCUGGGGCUCGAUCCCAAGCUUCUGGCAAAAAUACUCAACAUGAGCUCAGGCCGCUGCUGGUCCAGUGACACCUAUAAUCCUGUUCCUGGAGUGAUGGAGGGAGUGCCUUCAGCCAAUAACUAUCAAGGGGGGUUUGGAACCACACUAAUGGCUAAGGAUCUGGGACUUGCACAGAACACAGCAACAAAUACAAAGACUCCGGUUCCACUGGGUUCACUAGCUCAUCAGAUCUAUCGCAUGAUGUGUGCACGUGGUUAUGCCAGCAAGGACUUCUCCUCUGUCUUCCAGUUCCUGCGUGAAGAGGAGGGCCAGUAGGGGGUGUCACUUACUAUUGUGGCCUAAUCCUACUCUCCUGCCGUACCAAGACCUGGCGAGAGUAACAUUUGCACAUAAUGCAACAAUAACCUGUGUGAUCCCGAAGACUUCAGGUGUAUGAAGUCAAAUGAGUGAACAAGUAGAACAUAGGAAAUGAAUGUAUAAAUCUAAAGAUGUUCAGUCCUUGUCUCUGGAAUCAUGUUACCUGUUUGGGCCUGCCCUGUACACACCAUGUUCCCAUGUUUAACUCUUGACACUGUGAAUCUGAGGCAGUAGUUACUUUGUUUCUUUUUCUUUCUUUUUUUUAUCAGAUUCUGUAGCAUUGUGUCUUGUAGUCUGACUUUCAGUUAUAUGUGUGGUCAUGUUGGAAUUGCUCUUAUGGUUUUCAGCUGAAUGAACUGGCAGCAGCUCCAAUGGGGAAGUGGCACAUUUAGACUCUACUAAAUAUAAACACUCCUUUGCUUGAGCUAGCUAAGACACAACAUACCUUAUACUAACUUUCUGUAGCACUUGCUCUUUUUUUCUGUUUUAAAUGGUAAUGGUUUUUUUCUUUUCUUUUUUCUUCUUUUUUUCAGAGUAAUUGCUGUCAUGUGUAACAGGUUUGCAGUUGUGUCUGCAUGUCAUAAAUCUUAUGUCUCUACUCUGAAAUUAAAGCAGAAAGAAAUGUGUUCUGACAAUGAAAGCUGGUUUCCUCCAGGUUAUGCUUAAAUUCCAGUCUAACACUAACUAAUGAAUGCCAAAUAAUCUGUUCUCAUGGUUUUUAUGAGUUCUGCUGCUUGGUCAGUGUCUUGAUUGCCAUUGCCAAACUUCCCAUUAAUUCCCAUAUUAUGGAUUAUCACUGAGCAGAAGUGUGAUUUUGUUUUUUUGUUUUUUGAUAUUUGGACCAGGUAACCAAAACAAAAGAAAAGCUGUAUGUAUACAUGAAAUAGUUUUGGAAAAUGAUUUAUAUAAUUGUAUCUAAUCAUUUGUUCAUCACAGGUUCUCCAUGCUCUGUGAUUUUUGGGAUUUCAGACAUAUUUUCUCCAUAUCUGAGAUUAAUAUUAAUAUUAGAUUAAUAUCUCAAGAUUAUCCGUCUCAUUAUUUCGGCCAAAUUAAUGAAAACGUUUUGCGAGUCUGAUUUCAGCCAUGUCUGUCCUUCAUUAAGAGUUGUUUUGCUAAUUUAUUAGUGUUGUUUUUUUUUUCUUUUCAAUAUGUGCUUUUUGAAACAGAAUCAAAUACAUUAAUUUCGUUAAAUUCGGAUCAAAUAGACUAGAAAGAGUGAAAGCGCCAUCAUAUUUCAUCUCCUGUAAUUGCACUGUCCUGCCAUUUAAUUAAGGCAUAACAUAAUCGCAGUUCUGACAUGAUUACUUUGGGAACAGCCAGGAAAUAGAAAAAUAAGAAUCAAUGAUCAAUUCGCUUCUGUGUAAAGUUGCACUAGUUAUUCUAUAUUUCAACUUUAUGGUCCCUAAAAUUAUCAUGGUAAUUAAAUUGAGUAAGCAUAAAUAUCAAAAGCCUUUUCGUUACUGAACAUCUUAAGACUAGGGGUCCAAGUAGCAUGUAAACAGGACAACAUCUAUUCAAUACGACACUAUGUUUGAUUAAAAUGAUUGAACUUUAACUGA